CCGCCUUCCGACGGGGGUGCGGCUCCAGGAAACGGCGCGCUCGCCGCUCAGCGCUCCCGCGACCCGACGCGCCCCGGACGACCCGGUCGACUCAGCCGGACCACCCGGCGGGCCCCAGCGGCGGCAGCGGGGUGAUCGGCCCCGGGUCCGAGCCUCGGACAUCUCCGACGGACGGGGCGGGCGGCGCGGAUAGCAGCCCGGGAGGCCAUGGGGACCCAGGCCCGGCCAGCGGUCGCGGGCCAGCGGGAGCCCCGAGUCUGAGGAGUCGGCGGCGGGGGCAGCGGGGGCCAUGACCUCGGUGUGGAAACGCCUGCAGCGCGUGGGCAAGCGGGCCGCCAAGUUCCAGUUUGUGGCCUGUUACCACGAGCUGGUGGAGUGCACCAAGAAAUGGCAACCGGAUAAGCUGGUGGUGGUGUGGACCCGGCGGAACCGUCGCAUCUGCUCCAAGGCCCACAGCUGGCAGCCAGGCAUCCAGAACCCGUAUCGGGGCACCGUGGUGUGGAUGGUGCCGGAGAAUGUGGACAUCUCCGUGACCCUCUACAGGGACCCACAUGUGGACCAGUACGAGGCCAAAGAGUGGACAUUUGUUAUUGAGAAUGAGUCCAAGGGGCAGCGGAAGGUGCUGGCCACUGCCGAGGUGGACCUGGCCCACCACGCGGGGCCUGUGCCGGCCCCAGUUCCCCUGCGGCUGCGGCUGAAGCCCAAGUCGGUGAAGGUCGUGCAAGCCGAGCUGAGCCUCACUCUCUCCGGGGUUCUGCUGCGGGAGGGCCGCGCCACGGAUGAUGACAUGCAGAGUCUCGCGAGCCUCAUGAGCGUGAAGCCGAGCGAUGUGGGCAACCUGGACGACUUUGCUGAGAGUGACGAGGAGGAGGCCAAUGGCCCGGGGGCCCCCGAGGCCCGGGCUCGUGUCCCCCAGCCAGACCCAUCUCGGGAGCUGAAGACACUUAGUGAGGAGGAGGAGGAGGGCCGGGUACAGCAGCCCCGGCAGGCAGCUGCCAGCCCUUCUAGUGCCGAGGAUACCAACCCAGGCCCUGCACCACCUGCCCCGGUCAGCUCCAGUCAAUCCCUGCUGGAGUGGUGCCAGGAAGUCACCACGGGCUACCGUGGCGUCCGAGUCACCAACUUCACUACAUCGUGGCGCAACGGCUUGGCCUUCUGUGCCAUCCUGCACCGAUUCUACCCAGACAAGAUUGACUACGCUUCCCUGGAUCCACUCAACAUCAAACAGAACAACAAGCAGGCCUUCGAUGGCUUCGCGGCCCUGGGCGUGUCGCGGCUGCUGGAGCCGGCGGACAUGGUGCUGCUGUCGGUGCCCGACAAGCUCAUCGUCAUGACUUACCUGUGCCAGAUCCGCGCCUUCUGCACGGGGCAGGAGUUGCGGCUGGUGCAGCUGGAGGGCGGCGGCGGCGCCGGCACGUACUGUGUGGCCGGCGGCUGCAAGAGUGGGAGUGGACUGGCCCAGGACCACAGGGCCAGGGAGGGUGAAGGCCGUGACCUUGGCUUGAGGAGGCAGUUUCCCUGGGGGGGCGGGGGGUGGAAUUCUGCACACGCAGGACUGGAGAAGCAGCUGGGCAGGCAGGGCCUGAGGUUGAGGGCCCCUUCUGCCCUACGUAAGAGGCUGGCCCCAGGGCGGGGCUGUUGGGAAACCCCUCCAAGGCCUCACUGGCCUCUUUCUCCACAGGAAGGCCUGAGCCCUGAGCCCAGCUCCGCCCCCAGCCCACCCACAACCACAGCCCCACAGCAGCCCCCUGGUGGGAGUCCCCCAUCAGAGGAGCCACCCCCAAGUCCAGGGGAAGAGGCUGGGCUGCAAAGGUUCCAGGACACAAGUCAGUAUGUGUGCGCAGAGCUGCAGGCCCUGGAACAGGAGCAGAGACAGAUAGAUGGGCGGGCGGCCGAGGUGGAGACACAGCUGAGGAGCCUUAUGGAGUCAGGGGCCGACAAGCUGCAGGAGGAGGUGCUGAUCCAGGAGUGGUUCACAUUGGUCAACAAGAAGAAUGCUCUCAUCCGAAGGCAGGACCAGCUGCAGCUGCUCAUCGAGGAACAGGACCUGGAGCGGAGGUUCCAGCUGCUGAGCCGGGAGCUACGGGCCAUGCUAACUAUCGACGACUGGCUGAAGACGGCGGCGCAGCAGCACCGAGAGCAGCUUCUGCUGGAGGAGCUGGUGUCGCUGGUGAACCAGCGCGACGAGCUGGUCCGGGAUCUGGACCACAAGGAGCGGAUCGCCCUGGAGGAGGACGAGCGCCUGGAACGCGGCCUGGAGCAGCGGCGCCGCAAGCUGAGCCGGCAGCUGAGCCGGCGCGAGCGCUGUUCGCUGAGCUGAGGCCCGGCCCGCUCCCACCGCAGGCUUUCUCGCCGCCGCGCGGGGUCGCCCCGGGGCUGGCGCUCCGGAGGACCGGGGCCGCACGGCCUCAGCGCGCCGCUCGUAGGGGCCGCCACCGCCCCUAGACGGGGCGGAGAAGGGCGGCCCCUGGGGCCCGACCGACCAGAGCGGCUGGACGGCCGUGCCGUCCGGGCCGUAUUUAUUUGUCCUUGUGAGUGCGUGUGCGUGUGUUCGCGGGGCCGGGGAGUCCCAGGAGCGCCCGGCAGAACAACCCCUCACCGACGUCACGGCCCGGACGGGCCGCCGCGGGAGCAGGGUUGGCCGCUGAACCGCUGCGCCCCCGCCCUCCGCCCUUUCCUGAUCUCCGCGAGCAAUAAAGUUGGACAAGGCUA